AUGUCUCCUUCAGCCUCAGCUUCAACCACAACUGUCUUCGUCACUGGAGCAAGUGGCUUUAUUGCUCAACAUGUUGUCAAACAGUUACUUGAAAAAGGUUACACCGUCAUCGGUACUGUUAGAUCAGUCUCCAAAGGUGAAUCCUUAAAACGAUUAACUAAAUCAGAAAACUUUUCCUAUGAAAUUGUUCCAGAUAUUGUCCCAGAAGGCGCAUUUGAUGCAGCCUUAAAGAAACAUCCUGAAGCUGCUGUGUUCAUUCACACAGCGUCUCCGUUUUCAUAUACUGUCAAUGACAUCGAGAAGGAACUAUUACAACCGGCCAUUGAGGGGACUAAGAAUGCCCUUAGUGCUAUUGGCAAAUAUGGUCCCCAGAUUAAGAAAGUGGUGGUUACUUCCUCUAUUGUGUCUAUCCUUUCAUGGGGGAAGGUUGCUCAUCAUGAGAAGGUACACAGUGAAGAAGAUUGGAAUCCAAUUACGUAUGAAGAAAGCCUUGAAAAUGCAGCAUUUGGCUAUUUUGGUUCUAAAAAGUUUGCCGAAUUAGCGGCUUGGGAAUACCUUAAAGAAAAUAAACCAAAUUUCGAUAUUUCAUUUGUUAAUCCCUGUUACGUAUUUGGGCCCCAAGCUUUUGAAAUUAAGGACAAGUCUCAACUAAACUUAUCUGCUGAGAUUAUAAAUUCUGUUAUUAAAUUGGGUGCAAAUGACGAAAUUCCCGAAUUGGCUGGUUUAUUUAUUGAUGUCAGAGAUGUUGCAAGAGCACAUCUUUUUGGUUUUGAAAGUGAUAAGGCAGUCAACCAAAGGCUACUAUUAGCCGAGGGGCCAUUCUCAAAUGAAGGAAUUGCUCAUUUGAUUCAUAAAAAUUUUCCAAAGUCGAAUGUUCCAGAUGGUAACUUGUCUAAAGAACCAGAACAGAUUAAGAAACAUGUUUUUAUUAUUGAUAAUUCUAGAACUAGAAGACUCCUUGGAUUCAAGUUCUUGGACCUUGAAAAAUCUGUCGUUGAUAGCGCUAAACAAAUAUAUGAUGCCUAUUAG